AUGUCAUCAACAUCUAUCCUGAGCAUGCGCUCAUCUCGAGUUUUUUCUCCUCGUCUCCGGACCAACUUUUCCAAGUCUUUGAUUCAGGUCCGCGCUAAGGCAACUGUGCCUUUCCGUCUUCCUGAUCCUCGCAAUGAACCUAAUCCAUUAUACAAGAAAGGAUCAGAGGAGCGUGCUAAGCUAGAAGAGGCUCUUCUCAAGCUACGCGCUCAACUUCCCGUCCAAAGCGACAUUGUUUACAACGGCAAAGCCCAGAAGAGCACUCAAUCCUGGGACCAGCCCUUGCCCGCUGAGCACGCCACAGUCUUUACCAACUAUCCCCUGGCAACAAAAGAGCAGACUAAGGAUGCUAUCGAGGCCGCACUAAAGGCGAAGAAGGACUGGGAAGAGACCCCAUUUGUCGAUCGUGCUGCCAUCUUCCUUAAGGCUGCCGAGCUAGUGACUGGAAAGUACCGUUAUGAGCUGAUUGCGGCGACCAUGCUUGGCCAGGGUAAGAACAUCUGGCAGGGUGAGAUCGAUGCCGCCGCCGAGUUGGCCGACUUCUUCCGCUUGAACUGCAACUAUGCAGCUGAGAUCCUCGAGAGACAGCCUACUCGUGGCAGUGAUGGCAUGUGGAGUCGUCUGGACUACCGUCCCCUCGAGGGCUUCGUUUACUCGAUCUCUCCGUUCAACUUCACCGCGCUGGGUGGUAAUUUGAUCUCCGCACCCGCCCUGAUGGGCAACGUGGUUAUCUGGAAGCCCUCGCCAUCAAACGUCUACGCCAGCAGCAUAAUCUAUAAGAUUCUUCUCGAAGCCGGUCUACCCCCGAACGUGAUCCAAUUCGUGACCGGAGACCCAGAAACAAUCACCGACGUCGCCCUAUCCCACCGUGACUUCGCUGGUCUGAACUUCAUCGGCUCGUCGGAUGUUUUCCGCUCCCUUUACGCUAAGAUCGGCGAGGGUAUCGGAAAGAAGACAUAUCGCGAGUUCCCUCGCGUGGUUGCCGAGACUAGCGGAAAGAACUUCCACCUUGUCCACCCCUCGGCUGAUAUUCCCAGCGCGGUGAACCACACUAUCCGCGGCUCCUUCGAAUACCAGGGCCAGAAGUGCUCUGCUACAUCCCGCCUGUACCUACCUGAGUCGCGGGCUGAGGAAUUCUUCGCCGGCCUUAAGGCUGGUGUUAAAGAGAUCACUAUUGGAAACCCGGAUAAGAACCUUGAAGCUUUUAUGGGUCCUGUCAUUCAUCGUCGCUCAUUCGACAAGAUCAAGUCCAUCAUUGAUAAAUCCAACAAGGACCCGUCCCUGAAACUGAUUGCAGGUGGUACUACCGAUGACUCUGUCGGCUUCUACGUGCACCCUACCGUUUACCAGGUUAAUUCGGCAGACCACCAGCUCUUCAACGAAGAGAUCUUCGGUCCUGUACUUGCCGUCUACGUCUACCCUGACGCUGAGUGGUCUUCUACCCUGAAGAAGGUCGAUGAGGCCGGUGGUGGCUUUGCUCUGACUGGUGCCGUCUUUGCCCAGGACCGACGGGCAAUCCGGGAAGCUGAAGAUGCCCUUCGCUACUCAGCUGGUAACUUCUAUAUCAACUGCAAGACUACUGCCGCUCUCAUCGGUCAGCAAUCAUUUGGUGGUGCCCGUGCCAGUGGUACUAACGACAAGGCUGGUAGCUCCGAUGUUCUGCGCCGGUUCACCAGCCCUCGUCUGAUCAAGGAGGAAUUUUUCCCGCAGUCAGGCUUCACCUACCCCAGUAACCACUGA